UACCGCGACGUGGACGCGUCCGUGCCGCGCACUCACCCCGGCCCCGACGCGACUUUUAACUAGGUCAACCCCUCGAACGGGAUCCCUCCUGUGCAUUAGCCCCACGAGAAGGAGAGGAGACCUCGGCAGUAGCAGCGCGCCCGCGGCCGAACACCACUGCCGGAGAGACCGUGUCCUCGUUCCUCUCCCUCUUUUUUUUUCGUCAUUGCUCACGAGAGAAAAAAAAGGAACGGAACCAUCGCGUGAACCUUCGUGCGUCCAUUCGUGCUCGGGGCGAAGGUGCUCAUGUUCUCGGAUCGAAGGGGUAAUUUCGUCGAUCGGAUCGACUUUGACAGGCCUGACUUCGCGGCGGGAGGAAUCGAAGCAUUUUUUUUUCUUUCUUUCUGUUCUUUUGUUCGCAGGAUUAGAUUGCGCUCGUGAGUCUCUCACGCCUGCUCGAGUGGGCAGUUUCAAGUGACGGGGUAAUUAUUGGAAGAUGCGUUGCAUUUGACAGUAGCAUUUGUCGAUGAUCGGACAGUGGAUGAUCUGUGGCGGAUUCUUGAAUUGAUCUAGUAUCGAGUACGGACGUAUCAAUUUACUUAGCAUGAAUUUUGCAGAUGACAACCCUCUUUCAAAAAUAAGUUCCAUUGAGGAAUCAUCCAUCACCUGCUCCUCGUGAAAGAUUGAAAGUUUAAAGUGAUUGCUCUCGUGCAACAACAGGGUCUCCACGCACAUGCUCGUCGAUCAUUAUGAUGUCACAGUGCGUCACGAUGGAUCGUGAAAUAAUCCUUCUUCUUGAGACCGCGUUCAACGUGAUCCCUCUUCGAUCUGGCUCGUGAUUCGUCGGUGAUAGUGUGAACUUGACGAAGCAGUUGACGAAUCUAAAGUGACGCGUUCGAAACGACGCGACAGCGGGAUCUAGCGGCUCGCGAGUAUUUGCGUUGCAAUUCUACGCUCUCUGACGUCUGUCGUUCGAUGUUCGCUCGGCGCUACGCUCCUCGCAACCAGGUCAAGUGUACCCGCACCACCGCUGACCUUCACAGUGCGGGAUUCGGAUCUUUUUACCCUUACGCCGUUUAGCGAGGGCAAAACUAUGUUAAUCACUGUAAUAGAGCGCGCUGUUUUAGCAGUGAUGUCGAGAUUACGGAGCACCCUACGAUAAUUGAUUACCGCCUUCAUUAAGGAUAACGUUUUAGUUCCCACAACGGCGAAUUAUAUUCCGAGACUCAGAUCGAGCCAUUUGCUAAUGGCAGCAGCGCGCCGUUUCGCGAGAUUAGAAGAGAAAUACUCGUGAUACCGAACGAGGGCUGGGAAACAAAUUGUUCGUCCAACUUUCGCGCACGGACUCGCGGAGCAAUUUAUGCGUGAUCGCUCGCCGAUUGCAUCCAGGAUAUUACUGCCCCGGAGCUUUCAAAUUGCACUGAAAUUCGAUAAAACGUUAUUUGUUUACUCGCGCUGUAUCAUUAAAAUCGCGCAAAGCACUUUCGCUCGUUCGCUGUUUAUUCUGUUUUCACAGUUGUCGCUUAAUGCAACAUGCAAAAUCACUACGUGUCCGCCCCGCAAAUAGCGCCGCGUCGGCGUUAUGAAUAGCAUUUUCCAAGUCGUAACACCGCGGCUGGAGUAUCCUUGAAAAAUUCACGUCGUCUCGCGGUUUCACCGUGGGGACCAUGCUGUGAGACGCGCCAUGGUAUUCGUAACGGUGUGCGGACCCCGUUCCCUGCUCCGUAAACCCUUGAAAAAUGCAGGUGCAGCCUGUUGUGCGCUAUGCUUUCUUGCGCGAUCCCGGAGGAUCUCCCUCCCGGAAGUGAAGUCGCGACUCGAAGGAUCUGACGGAUGUUUCAAACUCGCGUCAUACGUCCCUCGUAGGAUUGCAACUGUAUUUCCGGCGGGGGAAUUCGGGACAUUUCCGCGCUCGUUUCGCGAGAGUAAUCUCUGGGGAUACGGCCCGGGGGUAACGGAAUACGUGCCCACUCAAAGCGGAUCCCGGGAAGGUUGUCACCUGCCAUCGCGUGAAGUCUCGUUCAUCCUAUCGCGAGCGCGAAUCCGCUUCGAUGAGACAUUCCGCGAUACAGGAUGGAUAAUAAUCCAUAUUCUGCGCGCAGGAUCCUCUUGAAUCCUCGCGCGAGUCACGGCACGAGUUACAACGCGUGAUAAAGUGUCAGGGCCGAAGGAAUCGCCGAGCGGAAACGGCGCGGGUGUUAACCGCGCGAUAAAAUUUCAAAGCUCGUUAAACGCUUUCUGCGACUUCGUAACGUAAACGCUCGGAGCGGGUUCUAUGCAGCGGGUAUAAAGGACGGUAUUAAUGCACGUGAAUGCGGAGGGCUAUAAUCGUUUGCACGGGGGACGUAUUAACGUACUCCAUCUUAGAUUCUCGGUAAAAUCGCGGUACUCGAAAGGUGUAUUAUAAGCUGCAUGAAAUCCAGGGUGCUUUGCUUAAUCGUUAAACAAGUAUUCUUCAAGAUUUAUAAUUGGUGGGGAUGAAUACAUGCGUGCGCUAUUUAUUUCCGUCAAUUUUCUCACUCACGUACACACGAGAUGCAUGUGAAUGAAGUAUGCGUACUCAAGUAACAGUGCAUCGACUUGAGUGGAGAAAGUUGGUUUCCAUCGAAUCCUUGGAGUUUCUUUCAGGUGGCUCUGAGUCCACUUGUCUGUUGUCGAUCAAAGAGGGAUCUCCGAGAAUUUCGCGGAGUUCCUCUUUGAAUUCUGGAUUCUUUCGAGGGCACUUUGUUGCUCGUCGCUGAAAAUAAUCGUGAUCCUCGCUCGCGUUUGAAGAUAAUAUAUAUCGUCUGCAUGUUCGCGUUAUAUGUAAUGUUACUAAAUAUUGCAGAGAGCAUGGUUGAGGUUUCGAAGGUUUUAUUUAUCUUAUUUCUUAUUUUUGCUUUUACGAAUUGCAUUUGAAAGAGAAUUCUGUAGGAUCCAUUUUCUACAAGUUAUAUUAUUGUUAUUAAAGAUUCGUUUUCUGCCGCCUAGUCGUGCCUGAUUAAUUGUUAAGUUUUAUUUAAUAAUCCUGCUUUAUUUAAUAAAGCGAAAGUUGAAUAGAUAUAGUAUUUGUGCAGUAAUGCGUUCAUAACUAUGCACAAUGGACAAGAAUAAGCACUCAUGCGUCACAUUUUGCAAAAUGCAAUGUUUCGAUUUUUACUUUAACAUGAUAUCAAUGUUUGAUAACGUAUAUUCCACAUAACAAACAAUUUCAAAUAUUAAAAAUAAUAAUUGUAGUUUAAUUCCUUUUAUGUGUUUCCCCACGUGAAUAAAUUUCUAAUGAAAAUUUUAAACUUCUAUUUCAAGGAAUAAGAUAAAUAAAUAAACUCAAAAUCGUGUAUUUAUUUCCUUUUAUUUGCAAAUACAUAACAAUAGCGAAUAUUUUAACAGUCUCCAUACAUAUUAACGCGAAUAAAUAAUAAUAAACGAAUACUCUUGUAUUUGAAAAUAAUAAUAGAGCAAUGCUGAAUAUUCGCGCAACUCAUUUAUUUCGUCGAGUGUGCGAAAAUUUUAGAGAUAUUUUAACCUUUGAUUUUUUUUCGCACCGAGAUGUAUCAGAAAAAAUACCAUCACGAUCGGUGAGAACGGCAAUCACGUUCCGAGUUAUCUUUAAUAAGAAAAACGCUGCCGGCGUAGUUCGCGAUUGUUAUUGAAAUCGAUGGUUAUUAAGGCCGGUCGUUUAAUACCGCCUCCUAAAUGAGCUCCUAUUACUUUUCACGUAGCAACUGUACGUCGCAUGGGGAAGGACUGGGCGGUUGGAUGGUGAGAUCGUGACUGGAAUAAAGUAGCGACAAGAUACCGGCAAGAGGAAUUAAAAAGGUGCGCGGACGUUGGAACGUCUCGAGCGAUCCUCGAUAUCCCGUUAAUAGAUAGUAAGAGGAUAAUGCUCGGUGAUAAGGGAUAACACCGUGGACCUCGGGAUAAUAUCCUUGCGAAGGAUUUCUUUGAUUUUUGCCAACGUUCCGCGACGAGAUAAAACGGGACGGGAGGAUGACGUCCGUGAAAUAAUUGAGAGACUCCCGAGAGUUCCAGUGCGUUUUCCGCGCUCUUAAAAAUCGCAGGCGUAAGAAAACUCGUAGAGACACUCUUUUCGAGCGGAUUCGGUCGAUUUUUUGAACAGUUUAACGUGCCGGGUAUCGCGAGUUUCAGUGACAUGCUGCUCUGUAUCAACGAUUGAAGUGCGACAUCAUCGAGGGAUUCUGUCUGAGGGGACGUCCUGGAUUAUCCAGAAUUAUCGGAGAAAGUGCCGUGCAUUAGUGAAGCUUGUGAUUCGCGUCGUUCGCUUUAUUCCGCAUCUUACAUGUCAAAAACAAGACUACCUACAAAAUCCUCACAAGAUCACUCUCUGGACACGUCGAUAACGGCGUCCGUGUAACGAAGAAAAAACCAUAAAGAGGGCAUUUUGGAAGAAGGUGCGAUUAUCACUCGGCAUGAAGGACAUGCAUUGGCUCGUUUGCACCUGCAUUCUCACGGCGACGACGGUGCUUUCCUGCCGGCAAAGCGAGUUUCAGUGCGGCAACGGGCACUGCGUCGCCCUCAACAAUGUCUGCAACCUCGUCGACGACUGCGGGGAUGGGAGCGACGAGACGCGUCCGUGCUCGCCUUGCAAUAAAACAUAUUAUGGCGACGUGGGGAAGACAUAUGACCUGGAACUGCAUCGACCGAAGGAAGAUAAGGUGCCUUACAUAUGCAAGCUCACCUUUAACGCGCCAGGUGACGAUUUCGGUGAUAUCGUGCAGCUGACCUUCGACAGCUUCACCUUAGGCAAAUUCGUAUCGUUCACCGCUGAAGGAUGUCCAGACGGAUCUCUGCAGAUCUCGGAAGCCCAGCGUCCCGACGUCGGCGGUCUCUGGUGCGGCACAUCCUGGGGACCCGCAAUCUACUACAGCGAAACAUCAAGCGUGUCGAUCCUUCUCAAGCUGCUCAGGCUCAGUAAAGAUCAGACGGGAUUCAACUUCGACUUCCGGAUGGCAUACAAGAUGAUCAGGAAGUCCGACGCAGUGGUGCGCUACGGGAAUCCCUUCGUCGGAAUAACGCAGGUCGUCGGGACGCCGGCGUCGACCGAGCGCACGUCCGUCGAGUACGCGAACACGUCGAUGGCGAUGCCAGUACAAAUGGUCGAGCAACAUCACGUGCCACCACCUACGAAGCCAAGCUCCGAGCAGUUCUUAGGGGACCUAAUAUCCGGGACUUAUUGCUCCCGUAUAUUCACCGACUGCGACCAGAGAAAGUGCAGACUGCAGUCGCCUAACUUCCCCGGACUCUAUCCCCGCAAUCUCACCUGCUAUUACGCGGUCAGGCAACACGAAGUACCCCCAGGCAAGCACGCCUUAAUUCACGUAAAACAGCCCCGAGGCCAAUUGGUAGCUGUAAGGGCGCGACCAGCCACUCAAGCCGAGCCGCCACCUCGGGAACUGCGUCUCUGGCAGGAUUGCGACGUCGUUCAGGACUAUGUAACGGUGUAUGACGGAUACACCACCCGGGAGCCUGUGAUCCUAAAAUUCUGUGGUGGCGGGGAGCCGGUACCGGAGGCUAUCAGCAGCGGCCCGGAGAUCCUCGUGGAGUUUACUACCUCCCCUUAUGGCACCUUCUUACAUCCGACGCCGCCCCAUUCCCUGCAUGGGUUUCAAUUAGAAGUGCAAGUCACGUUCGUGGACGCCGAAUCGCCGACCUACGCCAAGAAUAAGCGUUGCGAGUUCUGGCUGCGGGGCACCGGCGGGGGCAUCCUGGCGUCGCCCCGUCACUCGCUGCCGAGGAACAGCACGUGCCUGUACCAUCUACGUGGCGCCGGACCCACCCUUCCGAGCCCGACGCCACCCCGACCGUUGCCGAAGUUUCCGGAGCAGAGACCGGGCACUGUCUGGCGAAGACCGGCGCCGAGGCCGCCGCAGCCGCAAUUCCGAGUCUGGCUGUCCAUCCUUAAGUUCCAUGUGGGCACCGGUCUGUCCAGCACCGACGAGGACUGCUCGACAACGCUGAUGGUCUGGGAUGGAGAGAUGAUGCCGCUCUCGGAGUGCAACGACGUCGCCUGUGAGAAAGAGCGUCAACGUUACGCCGAGAGAAUGGGCGAACCGCUUCAACCAGUUCUUGCGCGCCCUGCGAGCAACACCACGUUACUAGCGAGAUAUUGUAAGGACAAAGUACCGAGGACCUGCGACCACGCUAUCUUGCAAAACACUAGUCGUCCGUGCUCUUUGGGGGAAAGCUUUGUUUCAUCUGGAAGCAGUCUGACUAUCGAGAUGCGAAUGGUCGAGUCGACGGCGCUCAGACCCGUCAACUUCCGCGCUCUGUACGAAUUCGUCGAUCUUCACCAGGACGGCGAUCCAUACGGUAGCGGGCCGUGCUCUCGCGUCUUCUACAGCCGAAACCGAGAUCAUUAUCCAGAUCGUAGAUUCCAGGGACCACGUGACAUAUUUCUGUACGGCCGCGGGGGAUCAAAGAAUAUAAGCUGCGUGUACCGCUUCGAAGGAGAACACGACGAGGUGGUGAAGCUGAGGUUCAACAAGCUUCUCAAUGGGAAUCGCACCUGCCGCAGCGUUAGCAGCUCCGACUUCAAUAGGUUGCUCUGCGUCGGUUCCGAGAACUUCUCCGUAAAGGUGCUGGAUUUACCCUGGCCGAAUGCACCGCCCAUUCAACGCGAUUGUCUCUGCUCAAAUCGAUCGCUACCCAUCAAUAUCAAGUCCACUUCCAAUAUCGCGGAGGUGCACUUCACUGUUCUGUCUAUGGACGCUUUGGACGACUACAAUAAUCUCUUCUUCGAGGGCACCUGGGACUUCGUGAAGACGACGCCGUGUAUGCAGAAACGCAGAGUCAGGGGGCCGUCUGGUGAAAUUAAGUACACGUCACCGUCGGAGGAUGACGAGAAAAACUGCGAGAACCAGCCGUGGCUGAUCGAUCCCGGCCCGAAUCAGUACCUGUACGUGAAGAUGAACGGCAUAAUCAUGUCGAACAAGACGAAGUGUGCAACCAAGAAUCGCAUUGUUGUGCACACGGGUAACGCGAUUCACGUGUCCGUGUGCCCGAAACCGCCAGCCGAUUCACGGCACCACGUGGUGGAGGUCUUCAGCGACGGUUGGGCUGUCAGCAGCAACGCGAUGAUCCUCGCACCAGGACAGGAUCCAAUCAGAACCAUCGCCGUGGAAUUCCUUAUCAAAGAACCAGCUACCUACACGGUCACCUGGCUCGAGCUCACCAGAAGACCGUCGGUGACGUCAACGGCAGGAUUGCAAAUGACGCGAGACUGCGAGCAACGUUGCCCGGAACUGGACGCCUGCAUAAACGCCUCCCUUUGGUGCGACGGGGUGUCCCACUGCCCUUCCGGUUACGACGAGGCCCUGACGCACUGCUCGAUGCUGCUGCGACUGCCGCCCCUGCAGCUGGCCCUGGGAGCGCUCGUGGUGAUCACUGUCCUCAGCGUCGUCUGCUUUAUCGUGUGGCGGGUCUGCCGACGUCGUCGCCGUCGCUCGAUAUCCCAGCACCGUCUGAAGAGCAUCUCCUCCGAGACGGCGAUAAUCGACGGCAAGGAAGUGAUAUGCUGACACAGCGACAGUUCUGUGCGUUACGUUGAGGUCGACCGGGUCACCACCGUGUGACGAUCGCCGUCGUCGUCGUCCACGUCGUCGUCGGUCCGAGUUCCGGCCUGGGUCUCCCAUGAAUCAGCGGUGAACCUCUGCUCGGUCCUCCUCUCCUGAGGACACUGGGCCCAAUACCGUUGCUGCCGCUGCUGCUGCUACUGUUGCUGCCGCCGCUGCCGGGAGGAUCCGCGGAAUCGCCUCCGCGUAACGCGCAGAACUGUCGCGUGCAAGGGAUUAUUCGGGACGUCAGGUGGGGGAACCGGAGUCCACCUGUGAUCGGAAAACGCGCUCGACGCUCGAUGACUCGGACGAAGGGGAGAACGCCUUCCCCCUUUCGCCGAACGAGCGCUUUCGUUCCCCGGUCGGUUGUUCAAGGGAGAAGAUUUCGUUAUAGAUCGAGGGGAUGAUGGUGAUGAUGAUGGCUAAGUCGGAGGAGCUUUGAGCGAUCUGAUUUAGGGGGAACGUCGAGAUAAUUGUAGAACAGCGAACUGAAACGCUUCUUAGGAUUAUGAGUUCGGUGAUGUCUACAUCGAGUCUACAUCGGGACUACGGCGUCGCAUGGAAACAUGUAACGGCGGAUUAAAUCCGACGACGCGAUCGUACGAUGCGCUUGCUGUAACUUUUUCGUCGAUCAACGCGUUGCGGUAAUCGCCUGGUUCUGCAUAGUAAUCGCUAUACUUAUAAACAACUCUAUACUGCCAAUCCAAUGUUCUCACUUUAGGCUCUUGAAUCAUUUUGAAACUUUUUAAACGAGAACUCAACGAUAUCGGGGAUUAAUCUGACGAUCGACGUUCAGACGCGCGCAUAAGAUCUGAAGGCAAGCGGAUCGACGCGCGAUCGACCCCCGUCGAAGUCUCGAUCCAUCUCCGCAGACAUCGAAAUAAUCACUGCCGCGAUAACCGGCGGGUUCCGGAAGUUCUCGAGUUCUGACACCUUCGUUAUCUUCGUGUGCGAGGGAUAUUAUUAUUCUCGCGGAGUCUUAUCACUUCUCCAAGUACCAUGCUGGACGUGCUGGGAUCCGGCACGCGGAAGUUUUAAUGAUUCUCCAUCAAACUGCCCGAAGGCCAUCUCCGGAUCAAGGAGAGGAAAACGUGCCGCAACGUAACGCAAGAAUCAAAGCGCGAGCUACUUUAACGAGGACAAUAAGUAAUGAGAUCCUAGUAGUAUGUCGCUAUUAUGGUAGAGUGGCUUAGUGACGAUCGAACGACGCCGCCCCUUGAUCUUGAAUCCCGGCGAUUAGUGCAGCUGUAAAAGCUAAUAAGAGGAUUACACAUCUUGCCGUAAUACCGAGAUUGAAUACUGCAAUAAGCAAAAGACGUAAUGGGCUUAACAGAUUGUUGUCGGCGGAUUAGCAAAUUAUUACAGACCAACAUAGUCUCUAUCAACAUCGGUUGACCAGCUAAUCGUCCAUUAACGGUUUGGCUGUCGCUACGUUCCGUACAGUCGCGAUUAACAGAGAGCAGCCAUCAGCGUACGUUGAUAAAUUCAUUCCUGCGUAAUUUAACUUUAUUUACUUGCAAUUCACCGGCAAAAUUUAAGAAGACGCUAUUUUAUUCACAGCUUCGCAGCCAUGCAAAGUAUAUUUGAUACCGCAUUCGAUAUCGAUUUCGAGCCUUGCAUUACAUGGAUAUUCGAACGAUUGAAUGAUUUCUCAUUGAUAGUUGAUUGUACCAAGGCGCCACGUCGGUCCGAUCGGCACCUCUCGAUUAAGACACACCUCGUUCAGAAAAUCCGAGGCAUCGAGCGUCGCGCGCAACGUGCUUAGUACUAAAACAUUAGUCCUUCUCGAGGAUAACUGUAGACGAGCGACUUCUAGAGCCGGGCGGGACUCUCCCGUCUCGACUCGGGCUCCUUUUUUUUAAACGCGCGUGACAUGACUCACACGAGAUCGUCUGUAAAAUAGUCUGUAAUUUGGAACGAUCGGCGCGUAGCCGACCCGAGUCGUCGGCAACUAGAUAAAUUCAGGCGCCGAUCGUGGAAAAUGUUACUCAACGCAAUGUGGCGUGCUGUAUAUUGCGGCCGUGGUGACGCAAGAAACUUGGAAACUUCUCGUUACCGCCUAUCGUUUACUGCCAAAAGUAGUCGAUUAUAUCCGCCCGCUAUGACGGCGGGUAAGAUUUUUGUAUAUUACUGUUACCUGCGUUCGCGUGUUAUUAUCCGUAGGAUUCGAUCGGUUUAGAUCGCUUCGUCCCGCUGACGAUUAUCCCUUCGCGAGAACGCGGGAAGACAUUAGACGCAGACAUAACACGGUAAUUCCGAAGAUCUCAUCUACGUAUCAUGGCCGCAGACUUCUCUUAGACGUCUGUGCUCGGGUCGCAUCUCGAAGCGAGCGAGUGUAGCUGCUGGAUCUACGAUUAUUGGAGGCGAAUCAUUGAUAAAAACACCUUGGGCAAUUAUAAACUAAGAAGAGAUUUCGCUUGAUUUGAUUGACCAGAUGAAGAAACUCUGACAUUUUUCGGGAGCUCUCGAUGAUAUUGCUCGUUCGAUUGCGCGUUGUCGACAAGAAAUUUGUAGCUCUCCGAUGUUGGGAGAUAGCAGCUCGCUCUCAUCGAGAUUGCAGCCUCAGUCGACGAGAGAAAAAUUUCAGCUAGAGAUACUGACCAAGUUUAAAGCGAUAGUCGAUUACAAGGCGACUUAAUUAUCCAUUUUAGCGAUACCACUUGGGGAGAGAAGCGAGUAAUGUGUAGUGACUUUCAGUAGCCUGAGAAAUUAUGUGAUAAUAUAUAAUGCUGUUUUCCUCGGAGCUGUGCUCCGGACAUUAUUGUUACGCCGGGCGAACGGCGUCUGUCGGCAGCAACUCUAGCCGACAUUUCAUUAUAAUCAAGAAAGAGGCUACUUCCUUCCUCUCGCUGUACUUUUAAUAACGCGUCGUCGGGAUGAAUUAGAAUAGCGCACGCGGAAGUUUAGCGAGAUGGAACAAAACGGUUGGCCGAACGCGAUUUACUCUCGGUUCACUUGGAGCACGAGCUACACCGACGUCACCGCCACGGCUUGUACACCUUGUUCAUACUUGUACAUAAUCGAUUAUUUAUCUAUUUGUAUCGAAUAACGAUGUUGCAUGUGUACUUCCGCUCGCAUGUUUCAACUGCCGAUUCUCUCUUUUCCUUCCAUUUUCUCUCUCUCUCUCUUUUUCUCGUUUCGAGAUUUACAUUUAUGUAACUCGCGCCUUUUAGCUCUCUCUAAUUAUUCACUACUUCGUACGUUAUUAUCGGAAUGUUCGAUUUUAAUGAACAAAUUCGACGGCGACGUAAUGAGAGCGAGUUUCAUCGACCGCUUUCGCUUCCAUUAAUUAACGAAGAUGAAAUUACGAGCUCCCACGACUGUCGCCGGGAAAAUUGUAAUGUAGUCGCGCUAGGAAGCUUAAAUAAUUCUACGUAGAUCUGAAAGGGCGACCAAGACGUCGAAACUGCCAGGUGAUUGAAACUAUCGUGCUUUAUUAUGCAAUCAGCCGAGCACGUCACAGUCUCAGGCGCGAUAAAACUUUGACAUUUAUAACUUCGGUAGAACUUUUAGUGGCAUGAUCAAUAUGUUAUCUAUAUUGAUCAAGUUUACGCAAAGUACCACGCGCAAACUUUAGGAAGACCGCUGUUUCUUACAGACAGUUGACAGUCGAGAACUAGUCGUUCCGCAAAUCGACAGAACAGUACUCUCGACACUGUUUCCGGUAAAAAAAUAUUUUUAGAUAACACAAGCACGAAAGAGCGCUAAAAACGGCUUGUUUAACGUGUGAUAUUGCUAAUGAUUUUUCUCGCACAGUGCACGUCGACUGCGAGCGGAAGUUCGCACCUCUCUCACCUUCAGCUUCACUACUCGAUAAGCGUAGUAAACUUUCGAAAAAUCACGAUAGAGCCGCGUACAUUCUCUUGAAAUAGGAGAGAAAACGAAGCAGAGAAGACGGAGAUUCUAGAAGAAGAACAUCAAUGAAGAAGAAGAACGUGGCGUGCUGAUGUCGCACACUGUCUCAGCUAGCCGAAAACACCGCCAACUAUUAUAUUGCGUAAUUCGCGAGUGUAUAUGCAAAGUCGUUAACGCAUAUGUGACCGAUAACUGCGAGAGGAUGCGCCGGAAGUGCGAUGAUUUGAGGUGUAAUGACGCAUUGAAGGAAGACAAUCGUUAAUGUCCUUCAUCACGCAGCUGGAUCUGGCACGGACACGGUAAAAUGAAUUUAAUUUUGUUCUUAUUCUACGAUGAGAACUCGGGUACACACGCGAGUUCCGUACUUGUCGACGUUCUGCGGCAAGAUAAGAUUUAUCGUGGUACGUUCUAAGUGAUAAUCUUACGGAUUACUCCGCCGAUGGCAGACAAUGCAUGCAACGUUCGCCGGAUCUCGUGUUCAAUCAGGAGGAGCAAUAUAAAUUUUCUACGAAGAAAGGAGGUCACGGUGUUGCCAUCUCGUUUCUUUAAUUUUGUAUCUACGGAAAUUUUUUAUCUUGAUACUGUUUCUCAUUUCUGCGACGAGAUGACCCUAAACAAACGGCUAUAUGUUAAAACGAAAAAUAUCGCGCAAAUAAGUAUUAUUCGAAAAGCAAAGUUAUCAAAAAGUGACGUCAUAAAGUGUAACGAAAUUCACGAGGGAAUAAACAUCUUCUGACAAAUGAAAAAGACCUUUGCUCGUGUCACGAUAGAUACUAAGUCAUCGUGCAAAUUACCUGACAAAGUUUUCAUUUUCACCUGGGACCAAAGAUAUUAUUUCGUUACUUAAUACCUGGCCUGCCAAAAUGACUGCGAGUGCGUCUCAUGCAAUAAUAUCGAGAUUCUAAUUAACAUGACUGAUUUGUGAACGGAGAACCAAAGACUGACUUGUUUACUUUACUUGCAUUGUCAGAACAAUCUGCACUGCCACGUGUAAACCUCUUUCACAAGGAGAACGAUAAUUGUAAAAAAAAGCAAUAUUGCAAUAUUGCACGUACAUACAUCUAUUAUUUGUAAUCACCGAUCGAUUUCCGAUACCAAAAGGGCAUUACGCUCGUUCAGAGUUGCAUAAUUCAAUCGACCACUGCCUCGUCUGAAAAGACAAAUUUCAAUCUAUUUUUUGUAUGAUCUAUUAAUGACUUCCAUAUUUUAAAGUUACAGUUUAAUCUGUAUGCAACGAUAUCGGCUUUAAAGCCAUGACCCAGAUACUAUCUUCGCUGAUGUGUUCCAGCUCGCCGGGGAAAUUUUUCCAGAAAUAGGUCGUCGAAAGCCUUCUAGUUGCAUUACAUCGUUCCUGACACGAGCAAAUUAAUUCACAGAAUUACACAUAAUUAACUACACUCCGAAUAACUGCCAUGCACGAGAACAUUUUAUCAUUCUACAUUUACGACGAGAAUGGUUCUAAUUUACCGAGGGAGAAGAUGGAAGUAAUAAAAAACUGAUUGCACGCGCAACUACAAGCGGUGACCUCCUUUUAAAAGUAACGUAACGCACCCCGGUAGCUGUAAUCGCGAAACCGCUGCAGCGCAGGUACGACGACGUAAAAGACGUCGCGUAAAAGUCCAAACGUCUAUUUCGACAGUCAUGUACCUCGAUUGUUUCGCCUUUUCAGUGCUAAUAAAACAUGCUUGCAUGGGAAUUCAGUAACCGGACAUUGCGGUAACGUAAUGCUUCCACCCGAUGUUCGAUUAUACGCGCGUAUCCCGAUGUCGGGCUGCGUGAAACAAUGACUGCGAGAAGCUCGUCAUCGCGUGACAUUGCUCUCGAGAAUGCCGUCUUGUUCCCUUAUUUCGCAGUGACAGUAAAAUUUUAUUGCGAACAGGAAAACGCAAUGCCUAGACGAUGCAACGUACAUCGUAUCGCGAUGUACGACCGUUAGCGAGCAUGAAUUCGCGAUUUUCGCGUCCGCACAUCGUCGUUUAUUACCACAAAUAAAGUUUUAUUAUCGCGCGGUUGCAUCGUAAUCGCCAUCCGCGGCUGCGAAUCAACUCUCAUGUGAGCAGAAUCGUUGCUAACCUAGACACUCCUAAACUCUCCCUGAAACUUUAUCCCUGAAACGUGAAUUUCCGCUAAUUUGUCGAUUGAACGACGUUGGAAGUUGUUAAUCCGUUAUUGGCAAAUGGAUGUAAAUUCGCGUGGAUUUGUUAAAUAUUGGAUUAGUUCAAUUCACGCUUUGUUUAAGCAGAUUUUAUUAAUGGCGAGCGGACGGUUGCGAAGCAAUCCGUGAAAAUUUAAAAGCCGAUCGGAGGAUGCGUAAUUGCUUAUCGAAACUUCGCAAGAGCGAGUUGACAUUUAAUCCUAGUCAUCUAAGGCAAACUCAAACUUCGGUCCAAGUCCGAGGAUUAAAUGAGAUGUUAACGAAGUUACGUUUAAGCGAGACGCAGUUUCGCGAACGUGACACUCGUGCGAAAAUCUACCUUGCCAAAGUGAAGAAUGUAGAACUUCUUAAAUGCAAUGUCGCGCGAUAUUCAAUAUAAUAUUCAAUUGCGAAGCGACACAAGCUUUAACAUGCAGAUGCAAAUGCAUGAAAUGCAGAUAUAAAUCGAUGCGACAUUUUAGUUUUAAUAGCACCUUUAAUAUAAAUUAAACGUUACAUGGCUUUCAAAAUAAACGACUCAAUUACUGGAUCGUCCCGCAUGAGAUAUUAAACACUGAAAAUUUUAAAUUUUAUGAGAAACUCUUACAAAGGAAAUGUUUUUAAUAAUUAAAUGUUACGUACGUGUCUCUCGUUAAAAUAAUAUGACUUUUUCCUACAAAAGUAUAUCACAAUUUUUUACAUAAUUUAAAAUAAUAUGACUUUUUCCUAUAAAAAUAUAUCACAAUUUUUUGCAAAAUGUUUGCGACUUUUCAAAUGACAGUCGAAUAAAUUUGCAGAAGUAGGAAAAAUCUC